ACCCUCCGGGAUGGAGAAGAGCCGGAGCUGCAGCUGGGGUUUCGGCACAGUUGGGCGCUGGCCGUGGCAGGAGUCUCAAGAGUCAUGUUGUCAGAGGUCCUGCUGGUAUCCGCUCCAGGGAAAGUCAUCCUCCAUGGAGAACAUGCUGUGGUACAUGGCAAGGUUGCGCUGGCAGUGGCCUUGAACUUGAGAACAUUUCUCCUGCUUCGACCACAGAGCAAUGGGAAAGUGAGCCUCAAUUUACCAAACCUCGGUAUUAAGCAGGUCUGGGAUGUGGCCAGGCUUCAGCUGCUGGACACAAGCUUUCUUGAGCAAGGUGAUGUCCCAGCGCCCACCCCAGAGCAACUGGAGAAGCUGAAGAAGGAGGUGGGCCUCCCCGAGGACUGUGUAGGCAAUGAGGGCCUGGCCGUGCUUGCCUUUCUCUACCUGUACCUGGCAAUCUGCCAGAAGCAGAGGACGCUCCCGAGCCUGGACAUCGUGGUGUGGUCGGAACUGCCGCCUGGAGCAGGCCUGGGCUCCAGCGCCGCCUACUCGGUGUGUUUGGCAGCCGCCCUCUUGACCAGCUGUGAGGAAGUCAUCAACCCCCUCAAGGACAGGGACUCCACCGGCAGGUGGCCCGAGGAGGAUCUGGAGUUGAUUAACAAGUGGGCCUACAAGGGGGAGAGAGUGAUCCACGGGAACCCCUCUGGCGUGGACAAUGCUGUCAGCACCUGGGGAGGAGCCCUGCGCUACCAGCAAGGGAAGAUGUCGUCCUUGAAGAGGCUCCCGGCUCUGCAGAUCCUCCUCACCAACACCAAGGUCCCACGGAGCACUAAGGCCCUUGUGGCUGGCGUCAGAAGCAGGCUAGUCAAGUUCCCUGAGAUCGUGGCCCCAAUCCUGACCUCAAUUGACGCAAUAUCCCUGGAGUGUGAGCGCGUGCUAGGAGAGAUGGUGGCAGCGCCGGGUCCUGACCACUACCUUGUGCUGGAAGAGCUAAUGGACAUGAACCAGCACCAUCUGAACGCCCUCGGUGUGGGCCACGCCUCCCUGGACCAGCUCUGCCAGGUGACAGCUACAUACGGACUACACAGCAAACUAACUGGCGCAGGCGGCGGCGGCUGUGGCAUCACCCUCCUGAAGCCGGGUCUGGAGCGAGCCAAAGUGGAGGCCGCCAAGCAGGCCCUAAACGGCUGCGGGUUUGAUUGCUGGGAGACCAGUAUCGGAGCACCCGGGGUCUCUGCGCACUUAGCUGCCUCCAUGGCUGACCCUGUCCAACAAGCCCUGGGCCUCUGAGAUGAUCUUACACUGCAAUUCUGCCAAGAAGCCCCUCGCUGGAGUAUCUAGGACCGGACACCUCUCCUGCUGGUAGCGCUUUCUGGGCUCUAGGAGGCGCUGCUUCCGUGACUCAUCUGGCAUUCAUGGAGCCAGACAGGCAUCAGUUGUAGGAUCUCCUGAGAUGGUAGACUGAUGCGGAGGCCCUUCACCCUGGAGCUCUUGUGGGUACCUCUGACCGGGCCUGGCUUCCAUCUGCCCCGCACAAACUCUGUGGCUCCUAGCCAUGCACCGUUCUGUCCAGCCGUCAGUGGCUGCUUAGGAACUGUUCCUGUCUGCUGUCCUCUCGGGGAUCCUGAGCUGAGCAAGGUGUGCUGACUGUUCCUUCUCCAUGUGUACUUGUGGGAAAGCUGCCUGUGGGGGAAAUAAACAGAGAUUGUACA